AGAUCCAUGUCGGUUUGUUACUAUAGUUCUGAAGAAAACCAUAGUAACGGAAUCUCUCGGACUCAGUCUGAUGGGCAGUCGAAACCCGGAAGCCUGGCGUCGCGCAACGGGAAAAUUCUUCAGGGUGACAGGAUCCUUGAAAUAAACGGACAAGACGUGCGGAAAAAGAGCCAGGCGGACGUUUCAAAGCUGCUGCGCGACCUGGAGGGAGAAGUCGUCAUUGUUUUCGGGCGAGUUCCGAACAAGGCCAUGUCAAUUCAAGAAUGGUCUCGCCAAAAGGCAGCUGCGUUGAACUCGGACGUGAGUCCGGAUCGAACCACAGCCGUGAGGUCCCGGGCUUUCACAUGGUCCUACGCUUCUCCGGCAACAUCGACCCCUUCAAUGCGCUCAAGUUCCGACAAACAAAACAAGUCAGCCGUUGACGACCUCGCCGACGAAGACCACGAGACCCGAAUGUUGAUCGAAUUCCCGAUGCGACCCCGGAUAAACACGAACGUGCUCCACGCCAGCAAGACGCCUUCGGAAAGGCGCCCACUGUUCAAACUCAUUCGCAUGAGCUUCAAAAGGUCCGCCGCACACGAGAAUAACCCCGAGCUGCUGCGGGGGAACCCGGAUGGUUCCCCGCCGCCCGGCAUCCUGAAACCCGGGGAACCAUCAUCAUCGUCAACGUUCGCACUCAGCAGCGGCACAGCACCGAAGCACGUCACUGCUGCUGCUGCUGACUGCUGCGGGGGAACCCGGAUGGUUCCCCGCCGCCCGGCAUCCUGA